AUGGGUCGCUUCACGACAGCGGCUGAUGAUACACUCAAAAAGCGUUAUGCUGAACUUGCAGAGAAAACAGCUAGGGCAAUGGCUGGCGAAGGACCACCACCAAAUAUCAAUGAUCGACCAGUAAUUCCAAACUCUCUUCCUCCAUUACCACGUUACGAACUAGCAACGAAAGCUAUGCUUCUACUUGUACAACGGAGUGCUGCUGUAGGAUGA